UCAACUCUCAAGGAUGGCGGAUCUUGUUGAGCGUGUUCUGCUCCACGUCGCGGAACAUGGAGCGACAGAUUCCCUGGACUUGGCAUAUCGGCUCGAUGUCGACCAUCAAAAAGUCGUUGGAGCAAUCAAGAGCAUCCAAUCCUUUGGCGAUGUGAUCCAGGCGGAGCAGCGGAGCACCCGUCUCUGGGAGCUCACGGCGGAGGGGCAGGAGGUGGCCGAGAAGGGAAGUCACGAAGCCCUCGUCUUCCAAGCCAUCCCCCAGCAGGGCAUCAGCCAGCAGCUGCUCAUGAAGAACGUUCCCAAUGCCAAGGUGGGCUUCAGCAAAGCCAUGUCCUUGGGAUGGGUUCGUCUGGACAAGACUGGUGACGGAGGACCCACUGCCUUCCGCAAGGUGGACGAGAUCGAGGACCGAGCGCAGCAGUACCUGGCUGCCAUCCAGAGGAGGU